CUCUCAUAGCGGUUACUGGAAAUGACACACGGGAGGCGGUCGAAAGGCAAAUGUCCAAAAAUAAUGUGCUGUAGUUAUGAUUCACCUGGAAGCCACAUUUUGAUCAGAUUUAUAAAAACCAGACAACACUUAGCCUAUAGGGUCUUUUCAGUAAUGGGACGCAGUAUCAAACGGUCUGAGAGAAUAUCGUUAAUGUGUUGAAGCCUGGUGGUGUGUUGAUUCCGUCUACCAGUCCGGGUGAGCUGCUGCUGUAUCGUGGGACGACCGGGAUCAGAGCGGACGGACGUGGUUCUGUCCAUAUCCACACGAGUAGAAGUUUAGCGCCGUGAUUCAUUUUUUUUGGCCCGCGUGUUAGUGCAAAGAGACGCAUCUAUAUUUCCCUAAUGAAAAUUACUCUUUGGAAGGGUUCCCGGGUCGUGACAGAGAUGAUGUCGAGUAAAAGUGUGGAAUGGCUUCAAGAGGAACUUGAGUCCGGGCUCGGGGUGAGCUCGCUACUGCUGCUGGACUGCCGAUCGCACGAGCUCUACGAAUCUUCACACAUAGAGUCGGCCAUCAAUCUGGCGAUUCCCGGUUUGAUGCUGCGGAGACUAAAGAAGGGGAAUCUACCGAUCCGGUCCAUCAUUCCCAACAACGAGGAUAAGGAGAAAUUCGUAAAGCGGUGCAAAACGGACAUGAUUCUUCUCUACGACGAGGCCACUACGGACUGGCAGGAGACCGGGCUGGUGAGCUCUGUCCUCGGCUUGCUGCUGCAAAAGCUCCGGGAUGACGGCUCCAAGGCUUUUUACCUGGAAGGUGGAUUCAACAAGUUCCAGACAGACUACCCAGAACACUGUGAGAUCAACCUUGACUGUUCCUGCCCCAGCAGUUCCCCGCCUGCGUCCGUCCUGGGGCUGGGGGGGCUGAGGAUCAGCUCUGACUGUUCCUGCCCCAGCAGUUCCCCGCCUGCGUCCGUCCUGGGGCUGGGGGGGCUGAGGAUCAGCUCUGACUGUUCUGAUGGGGAGUCAUCAGACAGAGAACCGGUCAGCGCCACCGAGUCCGAGGGCAGCCCUCUCCCCAACAAUCAGCCUGCCUUCCCGGUCCAGAUCUUACCGUACCUCUACCUGGGCUGUGCCAAAGACUCCACCAAUCUGGACAUCCUGGGGAAGUAUAAUAUUAAGUACAUCCUGAACGUCACGCCCAACCUGCCCAACAUGUUUGAACACGACGGAGACUUCAAGUACAAACAGAUCCCCAUCUCCGAUCACUGGAGCCAAAACCUCUCGCAGUUUUUCCCAGAGGCCAUUUCUUUCAUUGAUGAAGCUCGUUCCAAAAAGUGUGGUAUCCUGGUGCACUGCCUGGCAGGGAUCAGUCGCUCGGUAACGGUCACCGUGGCAUACCUGAUGCAGAAGCUCAACCUGUCGCUCAACGACGCCUACGACUUCGUUAAACGCAAGAAGUCCAACAUCUCUCCCAACUUCAACUUCAUGGGUCAGCUUCUGGACUUUGAGAGAACGUUAGGGCUCAAUAGCCCAUGUGACAACCACACCUCCACCAAUGACCAGCUGUUCUUCACCACGCCAACCAAUCAUAACGUGUUCCAGCUCGACACGCUGGAAUCUACAUGAAAAGGAGGAGGGGCGAGACUUGAGCGGCCAACUUGGAUGUGAAUGUUUAUCUUCUGAUCGUCAGAGGCUGGCUGGCUUUGACAGCGGAUAGUCUGGGAUGGUGGAUGGACAUGGGAAGAGGACAGGGGCAGAACAGACGCCUAAUGGAAGUCUGAUUGGCUCGUUGGAUCAUUGGUCUAUCAGAGAGGAAGAGGAGGAAGCUCUUCUGUUUCAUCUCCACAGUGGUUUGGGAAGCGCCUUAUCUUGUCAUCUCUUUGACCAGCCUGUUAUUUUAUGUCUAAGGAAGGAAGAAGUCCUAGAUGUAGACUGAUUCAUGCUGCAGAACAGAACUGUACAGAGAAUCAUACAAAGAUGUGUAACGCAGAUAGAUGGAUCUGUUGCAGUCAUUCAUUGAUUCAUUGUCGUCCUCUUGGACAAGCUCCUCAUCAACAACGUCUUGAUGAUGAUGUGUUGGAGGGUCUUGGAUUCACCCUUAUGGAGCUGGUCUCUAUUGAAUGUUGGUCAAAUUUUUUUUAACAAACUUAAGUUAUUAUUAAAACAAAACACAAGUCUGUUCAAGUGAUGCUAAUAACAAUGUAAUUACAAGUACGUAUUAUCAGUAUGAAUGUAUGUAUGUAUGUAUGUAUGUAUGCAUUUGUAUAUUUGAAUAUAUUUACACGCAAAUGUAUGUCUACUACUACUACUACUACUACUAUACUCUUACCUGUACAAAAACACACUGACAGCUGAAGGAGAUAUUAUAACUAAAGAGAAAACAGACCAACAGAAAGUAACCUUUUGAUAAUAUUCUGGUUGUUUUUGUCAUUUCUUUUCUAUGUUUGUAAAGAUGACCUAAUGCA